AUGUUUAUAAAAAAAAACGAAUUAUUUCUUUCGAAGCUUUAUAAUUUAUUAAAGAAACAAAAGUUUAAGUUCAGUCAUUAUAUAGAAGGCACGAAUGAUAAUAUUAGAAAGCAAAUAAACGAAGAAUAUGAAAGGAUUCAACGCAAAAUUCCUUUAAAUGAGAAUGAUAUAUUUAAAAUAAGAAAUGUUAUGAUAAGAAUUGGGAAUGAUAAAAGUAUACUUAGUAAUAUUAUACAUACAUAUAAUAUUCCUUCUUUUUUUUUAUUAGAUAAAGAUGUAAGAAAUCACUUCUUGAAUUAUAUUAAAGAUAAUAUAAGUUAUGCCGACCAAUUAAGAAAUGGUGUCCUUAUGAAUAAUGAUGUAGAUGAAAAGAAGGAUGAUAAUUUUUUAAAUGUGCAAGAUAAAAAAUAUAAAAAUGAUAAUAUUAAACAAGAUAAUUCUUGUAACAUAUUAAAUUUGUAUGAUAAUACCAAUCAGAAUUAUUCAUCUACCCCACCUAAUCAAAUAUAUAGUAAUAAUAAUAUUAAUGGUAAUAAUAAUAUUAAUGGUAAUAAUAAUAUUAAUGGUAAUAAUAAUAUUAAUGGUAAUAAUAAUAAUUAUUGUAAUAAUAAUAAUUAUUGUAAUAAUAAUAAUUAUUGUUGUGAUAAACCAAAUGUAGAUAUAAGAAAAGAAAAAUUAAAACGGUCUGAUGAAAUUAUUAUGAAUAUAUUAUUAAUAUUUAUUAAAAAAUAUUAUUAUAAGCAAUGGAUGUUUUAUGAACACAUAAAAAGAUUAUGUGAUUAUAGAGAAAUAAUGUUAUACGUAAUGAAUAAAAAUAAAAAGCAUGUAAGGAAUAUAUAUUUAUAUGUUGGACCACCAAACAGUGGAAAGACUUAUCAUGCAUUUCAAAAAUUGUUGGUAUCUAAAAAUGGAUUAUAUUGUUCUCCUUUAAGAUUAUUAGCAUGGGAGAUAUAUUCUAAAUUGACAGGAAUGAAUAAACAAGUUAAUUUAUUAACAGGUCAGGAAGUAAUAAUCAAAAAUAAUAAUUAUAAUAAAAAUGGUGAUAAUAAAAAUGGUGACAUUAUAAAUGAUCAUCUUAGUGAACAUGAUAAUAAUAAUCUUAGUCAACAUGAUAAUAAUAAUCUUAGUGAACAUGAUGAUAAUCAUGUUAAAGAACAUCAUAAUAAUAAUCUUUGUCAACAUGAUAAUAAUCAUGUUAAAGAACAUCAUAAUAAUCAUGUUAGUCAACAUGAUAAUAAUAAUCUUUGUCAACAUGAUAAUGUCUCACAUACUGUAUGCACCAUCGAGAUGACCCCCUUAAAUAAAAAAUACGAUUGUGCCAUUGUUGACGAAAUACAAAUGAUAAAUAACGAAUUAAGAGGAUACGCAUGGACAAAUGUUCUUAUGAAUUUAAAUUGUAAAGAUAUAUAUCUUUGUGGUAGUGAAUAUAUUAUAGAUUUAAUAAAAAAUUUAGCUGAUAUCUUUAAUGAUCAAUUAAUUAUUAAAAAGUUCGAAAGGUUAGGUUCUUUACAGUUACUAGAAUAUAACACAACAUUAGAAGAUGUUCAAACAGGUGAUUGUAUUAUAACCUUCUCAAGAAAUAAUAUUAUGUUACUAAAAAAAAUUUUAGAAAAAAACAACAAAAGAGUAUUGGUAAUAUAUGGCUCCUUACCACCAGAUUCAAAGAAAAAACAAAUAAAUAUGUUUAAUCAAUAUUGUGAAGAUGAUAUGGAUGAAACACAUGAAAUAAUAACACAAAGAGAACAAAAAAACAAUCAACAUAAUCUACAUUUGUUGUAUGAAAAAAAAAUAGAAGAAUAUAAAAUUAAAAUAAAUAAUUUCAAACAAAGAUUAAAUAAACAUAAUCUUAAAUCUAAUAUGAACAAAUAUUAUGAUUCAAUUUCUUAUUACAAAAAUAUUUUGAGAAAAUAUUUUCAUUGUGUCAAAAAAUAUACAUAUCAUCAAAAAAAAAAAACAAAAAAAAAAAAAAAACAAACAGUUUUAAUAGCUACAGAUGUUAUAGGUAUGGGUUUAAAUAUAAAUAUUAAAAGAAUAAUUUUUUAUUCCUUAAAAAAAUAUGAUGGAGAUAUUUUAAGAUAUUUAACUAUUUCGGAAUUUUUACAAAUAGCUGGAAGGGCAGGUCGUUUUAAUCCUUCAUCUGAAAAUAAAUCUAUAGGAUAUAUUACAUGUAUACACAUAGAAGAUAUAGAAAUAUUGAAAACUAUAUUUAAACAUAAAUAUAUAAAUAGUCUCAAUUAUAUAUCAACUAGUGAUCUACAAGAGGGGCAAAACGAAUUAAAUAAAUCUCAUUCGGAUCGGUUACACAACAUAAAUAAUUUAUUGAAUAUCCAAUAUUCAACAUUAUUAGAUAUAUAUAAUAUGAUAAAAAAGGAAAGAACUAUGAAGGACGAGCAAAUGGAAACAAGUAACGAAAUUAAUGAUAUAUAUAGUGCAGACAAGAAAAAAUUAAAAAUAAUAAAAAAUAUUCAUAAUAAUAAUAAUUAUAUACAUAAAAAUAAUGAUGGUGAUAAUUUUAUUUGCACCAUUAAUAAUAAAAAUAAUUAUAAAGCAAAGGCAGGAUUCUUUCCCCAGUAUUAUAUUGUUGAAGAAUUAAGAAAAACUUUAGAAUAUGAAUACAAUUCAAAAAUAAAACUACAUGAAAUACUUAAAAUAUUAGUUGAUUAUGUAAGAUUAAAUGAUGAAUAUUUUUUUUUAACAAAAAAUUAUAAUAAUAUGAUUAUUAUUACAAAGGAGUUAGAACAUAUUAAUUUACAACCAAAGAUUCUUUUUACAUAUUCCUUAUGUCCAAUAAAUAUAAAUAAUAUUAUUCUUCUUAAUACAUUAAAAACAUUUUGUAUGUGUCAUAGUAUAUUAGGGUAUGUAGAUUUUUUUCAUUGUGUCAAUAAUAAUAUAUUCUCUCAUGUAGAUGGCAACAAAUAUUUCGAUCUAUUAAAUAAUGAAACCAAUAAUAACAAUACAACAAAUCAUAGUAUAUCAUAUAAUAAUAUUCAAAGGGAUGCUAAUAUAAAUACAAAUUUUAUAAAUCAAUAUCAUGCAUAUCUAAAUGAAAAUGUGAUAAGUAAUAUAAAUUAUAUAGAUCAUAAUAAUAAUAAGUAUGAUAUAUCUACGAAUAGUUUUUAUUUUAAUAAAAAAAUAGAUAUAGAUAACAAUAUAAACGUCAACACACUAUGUGAACAUAAUCAAGGGGAAAUAAAAAGUAUGAACAUACAAAAAAAUAAUGAUGAUAAUAUAAUCCAUAUAGAUGAAUAUACUCAAUUAUUAGAAAUGUAUUAUGAAAUGAUGGAUAUGUAUUGUUGGCUAUAUACAAAAUUCCCAGAUGUAUAUAAAAAUAUUAAUUUAGUAACUAACGAAAAAAAAAAAGUCUCUAUGAAAAUUAUUCAUAUGCUAACACACACAUUUAAGGAUAAAUAA